AGCUAAUCCGCCACCACAGCAGCAGCACAAUAUAAAGCCAGAGAUUGACACGUGCAGAGGACCGAGGGAGUGAUUAUCAAUCAAGCUGCGUGCUGACACAUCCUCCAGAGAGACGAUCCGAUCGGCUGCAGCUCGCGUGAAGUCCUGAUGAAGAGCGAAGACUGACGUCCCUGACUAAGCACCACCCACCGGAAGGAGAGAAUCAAUCUGCAGCGUGAGCGGAAGAAGCAAGCAAGCCGGAAAGAGCCGAAGGAGACAACUGCUCCCCCCUCCGUCGCUCCGGAAACUGCAGAGAAAACUCGGAAGAAGCAAGAAAGAUCCGAACAGCGGGACAUAUUCACCUGCUAUCCGGGAUGGCUGGACAGGCAGCAAAGAAAAAUCAUUGGCACACGAUCUAACCUGAGACCAGCAUGGACUACAAACGAUAUACAGACGGGGCUCCCUCCAUACCAAGAUGUGGAAUAUCAAGCCCUUUUAAGGGUCAUUUAAGCACAAAAAGCAAUGCAUUCAGCACUGGAUCAAGCAGCUGGCUAAGUGAACAGUACAGAAUACGAAACCACAUGGUGGCUCACUAUAAUAAAAUUCUUGCAGCAAAAGCUGCCAUUGACUGUUCGGUACCAAAGAGCAUGCAAAAAAGUAUCAAAUACAGCGACCAGCAGAGAAGAGAGAAAAUGAGAAAGGAGGUGGCACGAUUUGAGAAAAAUAUUUCCCGCCCUACUUCAUGUGAGAGUGCAGAUUCAAUACUGUUUUCCAAGAAGGACAUUUAUGAUGACAUCAGUGUACGCCAUUCUACUUACUCUGAUCGAGGGCAGAUUUUCUGCUCAAGCCCUUCUAUGUCUUCCCCAAGACCGUUUGGUUUUUUAGGAACCAGUGAAGCUACAGGAAGGAGUUUGAGCAGGAAAUGUGCAGGUCCUAGAGUUUUAUCUAGAGUGCAAAAUAGAGGGUCAAAUUCUUCCUCGAUUAUCAGUGUCCCCAGGAGCUACAGCAAGUUUCAGGACAACCAACAGAAAACCUACAGCGGAGACCUCUUAGAUAAGCAUUCUGAGCAGUUCACAGGCAAGACCCGCCCAUUUACCCCACGUACUUUGAAGACAGAGGCUAAAUCUGCACUUGCAUCGUACCGAUAUUACACCCCACCAAGAAGAAAAAAAAGAGAAAUGGUCAAAGAUCUGCAGAGAGAUUUAAACAGAAGCCCUAUGGAUGAGGAUGUUACAUGGGAGAAGAAAAAUAAGGAGCUAACAGAAGAUACUUUAUUUAAUGAAGAUAAAAAAGAACCAUUAAAAAAUGAAGAAUGUAACCAGAUAAGGCCUUGGUCUCAGACUGACUGGGAGGAGCAAGCAAAUACCCAUGGCUCUUCUAGGUUACUAUAUAAUGAAGUAGAAUCUUGUUCACCUGUUAUGCAGAAAAUCCAGUCUGAAGAAGAAGAACUUUUUUACCUGAAAUUUGUCACAGACAUCACUAAUGAAAUCUUGAAUCUGGGACUAUUUUCCAACAGGGUCCUAGAACGUGUGUUUAAACGCCAUCUUGAAGAAAAUAGACAUUGUUUGGAUGAGGCGAAAAUGUGCUAUCUCCUGGACAACCUGAGGAAAGAUUUAGGCUGCAAUGACACAAACCACUCCACUGAAUUUAGGACUUCAGUUGAUAAACCCUCGAGAACAGUGAAUCACUCUAGGGACAUGGAUCAUUUUCUGCAAGACAUGGCAUGCAACGAAGAGUCCCAGGAACACAGUGAGCUUUUCCUGUAUGAGAGAGAUGCUGAAACAUUCAGGAUGGAAAGAAAAGCAGAUACUCCAUUGCAUUAUCAUGGGCUUCUCACAUCAGAGAUCACUACUGACUUUGGCAGUUUUCCCACAGACGAUUCUGAGAAUGAACAGAAUGCUUCACUCUUGGAAACCCUCAGUACUUCAGCUGAUCUGAACAAAGGUGUAGGCGACCCAGAAGAAGAGGAUCAGUCGAUAUCAAUUGAUGACCUGCAACAAAGAUUUUCUGAAACAGUUAUCAUAACGGAAGCAGAGAGUCCAUUACCUGAUGAGGCAGCUAAUAGUCCGGCUUCAGGGUUGGGCACACUGGAGCAAAAUGAAUGAACCGUCAUUCAUGAAGGUUAUUUAAGACUUAUAUCUGAUAUAUGGGUAUUCUAGCAUUUCAGUAAAAAACAAAAGUAGUUUACAGCUUCAUUUCUCUUCGAGGUUCUUAUGUUAUAAUAAUAGAGUUUAAAUAUGUGUCCCUUAAUUAUUUCUAGGGAUGGGCGAAUUUUUUCGCCUUGUUUCGCCAAAAAAAUGACGCCCAUAGACUUAUAUGGCUUUGUGCAUCAAAAUAAAAAGACGCGCGUCAAAAAAAUUUCGCCGCGCGACAA